AUGUUCGACUCGCUGCUCAGAACCAGCAUCACCACACCCCCCAGCGAGCAAGUGCCCACGGCACCGCGCCGCAAGAAGAUUGUCGUUGCCAUGACGGGCGCGACAGGGGCGCUGCUGGGGAUCAGGGUGCUGAUCGCGCUGCGGCGAUUAAAUGUGGAAACGCACCUGGUGCUAAGCAAGUGGGCAGAGGCAACCAUCAAGUACGAAACAGACUACCACCCGUCAAACGUCAAGGCGCUAGCAGACCACGUCUACGCCGUCAACGACAUGGCGGCCCCCGUGGCGAGCGGCUCCUUUCGCACAGACGGCAUGCUCGUCGUCCCCUGCAGCAUGAAGACCCUGGCGGCCAUCAGCUGUGGCUUCUGCGACGACCUGAUCGCCCGCACGGCAGACGUCAUGCUCAAGGAGCGCCGCCGUCUGGUCCUCGUCACGCGCGAGACCCCCCUGAGUGAUAUCCAUCUGCGCAACAUGCUGGCCGUGUCGCAGAGCGGGGCGGUGAUCUUCCCACCCGUACCGGCGCUGUACAUCAAGCCGGCCUCCGUCGAGGAGCUGAUCGAUCAGAGCGUGGGAAGGAUGCUAGAUCUUUUUGAUUUGGAUACAGGCGAAUUUGAACGUUGGAACGGAUGGGGGAAAGACAAAGAAAAAGAGAAAGAGAAGGCGUAA